CGGGGUGGCUUCUGUACGCCUAUUCGGUAGAGUCAUGAGACGAAACAGCGUCACCGCCCCUCUGAAGUACGCCUGGGAUUAAACCAAACAGAAAGAAGGUAAAGUUACAGUCAAAGCGGAGGAAUUCUGGUAAAAAGCGAAAGCGGAGCGACUCCUCCGGACUUUACAGCGACCCGCUUUACAUGCGAGCAGCGCAGACACCACGGAGCUGCUUCCACACGGCGGGACACCCUGGAAAAGACGGAGAAACCUCAGGAGGAUGUCGAGUUUCGAGGACUGGGGCUGAAAGUCGUAACGCCAGGAUGUGAGGCGUCCCAGGGGAGAGCGGAGACCGAGGCCGCCGGCGGCAGGAUGUUGGUCCGCAGCUCGCUGGGUCGGACCCGAGCCAGAGUGACUCACGCCGUGGUGGUGAUCUUCCUGGAGUUCUUCGCCUGGGGCCUACUGACCACGCCCAUGCUCGCAGUUCUGCGGGAGACGUUUCCUCAGCACACCUUCCUGAUGAAUGGCCUGGUCCACGGCGUCAAGGGUUUCCUGUCCUUCCUGUCGGCGCCUCUGAUUGGUGCUCUGUCCGACACCUGGGGAAGGAAGUCCUUCCUCCUCAUCACGGUCUUCUUCACCUGCGCCCCCAUCCCCUUCAUGAAGAUCAGCCCCUGGUGGUACUUCGCUCUGAUCGCCGUCUCAGGAAUCUUUGCCGUUACCUUCUCCGUGAUCUUCGCCUACGUCGCUGACAUCACUGAGGAGCACGAGAGGAGCGCCGCCUACGGACUGGUGUCCGCCACCUUCGCCGCCAGCCUGGUAACGAGCCCGGCCAUCGGCGCUUACCUGUCGUCGCGCUACGGGGACAGCCUGGUGGUGCUGGUCGCCACGGUGAUCGCGGUGGCUGACAUCGCCUUCGUGUUCUUCCUGGUUCCGGAGUCUCUACCGGAGAAGAUGAGGCUGUCGUCGUGGGGGUUCCCCAUCUCCUGGGCCCAGGCCGACCCGUUCGCUUCUCUGCGUCGGGUCGGGAAGGACUCCACGGUGCUGCUGAUCUGCGUCACCGUCUUCCUGUCCUACCUGCCUGAAGCGGGCCAGUACUCCAGCUUCUUCCUCUACCUGAAGCAGGUGAUCCAGUUUUCCCCUGCAGCCAUCGCUGCCUUCAUCGCCAUGGUGGGAGUCCUCUCCAUCGUCGCUCAGACCGUCUUCCUCAGCAUCCUGAUGAGGACCAUCGGGAAGAAGAACACGGUUCUGCUGGGUCUGGGCUUCCAGCUGCUGCAGCUGUGCUGGUACGCCUUCGGCUCCGCGCCGUGGAUGAUGUGGGCAGCAGGAACCAUAGCUGCCAUGUCCUCCAUCACCUUCCCAGCAGUCUCUGCUCUGGUUUCGCACAACGCAGCCGCCGACCAGCAAGGUGUGGUUCAGGGGAUGAUCACGGGGAUCAGGGGUCUCUGUAACGGUUUGGGUCCGGCUCUCUACGGAUUCAUCUUCUUCCUGUUUGAUGUGGAGCUGACCGACGUGCAGCCGGCCACAGGAAGAGGAGAGCAGAGCGCACAGAGAUCCGUUAUCCCAGGUCCGCCCUUCCUGUUCGGAGCAUGCGCCGUCAUCCUGGCUCUGAUCGUCGCCGUCUUCAUCCCAGAGAACCUCCGAUCCGUCGACGCCAAGAACCAAACGGCCAGCAAGCCGGCCCACGGCUCCACCGCACACGCCCAAAACGGCGGCACGCCGACCACGGCCACCAGUGACGCCGAGGACAUCGAGCCGCUCCUGCAGAACAGCAGCAUGUGACCAAGCGGCGGGCCAAUCGGCAGCUCCGGUUUAACUCCAGGUUUCUGUACCUGAGCGGCCAUAUUUAUCCGCCAGCGUAGCUUCACUCGCCCUCCUCUGAUUGGCCGCCGUACUGCUGCGGCGAGCCUAAGGGGUAUGUUCAGUCUGGAGGGACCGAGAACACGUCCCGCCUCAGCAUCUCCAUCGCCAGGAGGUUUCCCUCCUGGUAACCAUGACGACCGCCUCCUGGUAACCCGGAGGGAAGCAUUAGAACUGGUUCUGCUGCUUUCAGGUCCACUUUUCCAGAUCCUGAUGGGUCCUGGUGGUAAUGUCUCAUCAUCAUCUUCAUCAUCAUCAGUGUUUUUUUGGGUCUGAAGUCGGACCCGACCUAAUCAGGGGAUCAGAACCAAAUGGUGCCUUUUGUUUUUUUCUUUUGCUUUUUAUCUUUAGACUGAAACAUUCCUAACCCACCCGUUACCAUGGUUACGGCCAGGGGAGGCUGUAUCCUAGCAACGUUUUUACAUCAGUUCAACUACAGGUGAUGGAUGUUGGAGGAAUCGGGUCACAGCCUAGCUGUUAUUCUGGGUCAGAACCGUCACAACCUCAUCAGGCCUGUCUUUGGCUUUAACUUGAUUUCAUCAGAUUGUUCCAGAACCUUCCGUGUGGUUUAUGGGGUCCGGCUGGAGUCCGUGUUGCUGCUGCUGGAGGCUUUUCAUCAAACUAAAGGUUCUGUAGAACUUCCAGAUCCGUUUGGGUCAGCAGUACCACCUGACCUGGUUCUGGUCAGGUGGUACUUGGACUUGUUCUGGAGCUGAAAUCAGAAUUUUUUUACUUUAUUUCAAUGCUUAAAAACUGCUGCAGCUCUGACCCGACCCGGUAGCAUCGGUACCGUCCAACAUGUUCCUGAAGCAGCUUGGAAAUAUGCAGACGUUCCUCCUCCCUGAUGCAGAAGCUUUGCUGCACUUUAGUUUCUCUAAAGGUGCCUCUUAUUGUCCUUCAUGUUGGUCUGUUUUUAUAGAAACUCGUUGUUUGAAGUUACUGUUUUAUCUGAGUUUGAAUAUCUAUGAUGACGAGAAUAAAGACAGAAGUUUGAA